ACUCGUUCUGUGCUGGAAAGAGUGGCGAAGCGGAGCACGAGCAACAAAGUUCUCGCGCACUUCUUUGCACUUUAACAGUCUUGCCUCUGCAGAGGAGCUUUAAGUGGAAUCGGUCCAGGGUUACAGCGGAUGGACGUUAAAGCGACGCGAGAGGGCGUUUCACGAGGGAUUUCAGCGAAGGAAAGAAAGGUCGUCGGUGGUUGGCGGUAAAGCUGGUUAGGCGGGUAUUCCACGAACGCGUUUCUAAGAGCCAGCAGCGUCGACGACAAACUUUUUCUAUCGAGCCAUGGAAGUCGCGAUCUCGAGCGCCGCACCACAGCCUGCACGCGCGUGCUGAGCUCGAGCACAUCCUGGAGGACCCACAGAGACUGCCGCGCGGGACAAGGAACCGUCAUUGUCUUUACUAAAACAAACCAAAAACAACAAAACAACCCGACUAUGUCUAAGACGCUGAAGAAGAAGAAGCACUGGGCGAACAAAGUGCAGGAGUACGCGGUGUCCUGGGGCGGCGGAGAGCUGAGCUCCGUGCUGGAGAUCCUCGGCGGCGCUGAGCUCGGAGAGUUUCCGUACGUGGGCCACGGCUCGUCGUCUUUCUCGGCGGUGUUGCGGUGGCACGCGGGCAGAGCACCGAGUCCAGGAGACGUGCUGCUUGAGGUGAACGGCACGCCCGUGAGCGGCCUCACGCACCGCGACACGCUCGCUGUCAUCCGCCACUUCCGGGAGCCCGUGCGCCUCAAGACCGUCAAACCGGGGAAGGUGUUAAACACGGAUCUGCGCCACUACCUCAGCCUGCAGUUCCAGAAAGGAUCCUUGGACCACAAGCUCCAGCAAGUGAUACGAGACAACCUGUACCUCCGUACCAUUCCCUGUACAACGAGACAGCCUCGAGAGGGGGAGGUUCCUGGUGUGGACUAUAACUUCAUCAGCGUGGAGGAGUUUCGUGUUCUGGAGGAAAGCGGGCUGCUGCUGGAGAGCGGAACCUACGAUGGUAAUUACUACGGCACCCCCAAACCUCCAGCCGAGCCCAGCCCUGUGCAGCCGGACCUGGUGGACCAGGUGCUGUUCGACGAGGAGUUUGAGACCGAGGUGCAGCGCAAACGGACCACCUCCGUCAGCAAGAUGGAGAGGAAGGACAGCGCAGCACCUGAGGAAGAGGAAGAGGAUGAGAGGCCUGCACUUGUGAACGGACUUACAGAACAUAAGGAAGGCGCUGACUGGAGGAAGACCGUACCGAGCUACACACAGCCCGGCAGUGCCAUGGACCUCGGGGCCUGGAGCAUGCUGCCCGGGGACGAGAGCCAGGAGGCGCUGCCUAAGAAUUGGGAGAUGGCCUACACUGAGACUGGCAUGGUCUACUUCAUAGAUCAUAACACAAAGACUACAACCUGGCUGGAUCCACGGCUGGCCAAGAAAGCUAAACCCCCUGAGAAGUGUGACGAAGGAGAGCUGCCGUACGGCUGGGAGAAGAUCGAGGACCCGCAGUAUGGCACCUACUUCGUGGACCACAUCAAUCAGAAGACGCAGUUCGAGAACCCUGUGAGGGAAGCCAAGAAGAAGCACAUCCAGGAGGCGCCCGCAGUCAGCCAGCCAGGACUUCCGCCCUCGGAGGAUGGCUCUCUGAGGGGUUUCACACGUGACCCAUCGCAGCUACAUGGGACGAUGUUGCGCACGGCCCUGAGGAAGAGCACGCAGGGUUUCGGCUUCACCAUCAUCGGCGGAGACAGACCAGACGAGUUCCUGCAGGUGAAGAACGUGUUGAGGGACGGCCCUGCAGCGCAAGACAACAAGAUCACCCCUGGGGACGUCAUUGUGGACAUCAACGGCACAUGUGUGCUCGGUAAAACCCACGCCGAUGUGGUGCAGAUGUUCCAGUCAGUCGCCGUGAACCAGUACGUGGACAUGGUGCUGUGUCGAGGCUACCCCCUGCCCGAGGACGCCGGUGACGAAGCUGCAGGAGACACCGCACCGCCAGCAGGGGGCCAGCCGCUCUUACCCGAGGGCCGACAGGAGGACACCCCCGAGCUGACCCUGCUGCAGCCCGAGCUAGUGAGCGUGACUCUGGCCAAGGGGCCGAGCGGAUUUGGAUUCGCCAUCGCCGACUGCCCGCUGGGUCAGAAGGUGAAGAUGAUCCUGGACGCUCAGUGGUGCCGCGGCCUGCUCAAAGGCGACGUGAUUAAAGAGAUCAACAGGAAGAACGUGCAGACACUCAGCCACACGCAGGUGGUGGACAUCCUGAAAGAGCUGCCGCCUGGAUCCGAGGUCAAUAUGCUCGUGCUCAGAGGAGGUCAGACGUCUCCUGUGAAGUCUCUGAAGCCUUGUGCCACGGCAGUGCCGAUGCCAGUGACUCAGAAGCACGAAGCAAACACCAACGCAGUCAGCACGGACAGUCCGAGUCCUGUCGAGCCGCUUCCCCAGACUCUUCCUCAAGUUCUUCCCCAGACUCUGCCUGUAGCUGUUCCCCAGACUUUACCUGUAGCUAUUCCCCAGACUCUACCUGUAGCUCUUCCCCAAUCGCUCCCCCAAGCUCCUCCCCAGUCGCUGCCUUUCCCUCCCAACAUGAUGCGCUCCAACUCACCCAAACUGGACCCAUCUGAAGUCUACCUCAAGUCCAAAGCCAUUCUUGACAGCAAGCCUGCCAACACUAAGGAACUGGACGUGUUUAUUAAAAGGAACCAGGAGUCCGGCUUUGGUUUCAGAGUGCUGGGCGGGGAAGGACCAGAACAGCCUGUGUACAUCGGUGCUAUCGUGCCGCUGGGUGCAGCAGAGAAGGACGGGCGUCUGCGGGCAGGGGAUGAGCUCAUGUGUAUAGACGGUGUUCCUGUAAAGGGAAAAUCCCACAAGCAGGUCCUGGAGCUGAUGACCAACGCAGCACGCAACGGCCAGGUCAUGCUCACUGUGCGCAGGAAGCUCAUCUACACAGAGGAUGCAGACGGUGGACAGUCCCAGGCAACUCCCCCUCAGGUUAACGGCUCUCCCAGGCCUCCUCACGCAGACGCUCCCGCUCUGUUCCAGCCGGAGCCGUACGAGGUCACGCUGCAGCGCAAAGACCACGAAGGCUUCGGCUUCGUCAUCCUCACCUCCAAGAACAAACCACCACCAGGAGUAAUUCCUCAUAAGAUUGGACGGAUCAUCAAGGGCAGUCCGACAGAACGUUCCGGAAAGCUUAAAGUGGGUGACCGCAUCUCGGCAGUCAACGGGCAGUGCAUCGUGGAGCUCUCGCACAACGACAUAGUGCAGUUGAUCAAGCAGGCUGGCAACAGUGUCACCCUCACUGUGCUUCCUGAAGAAGAGCACAGCGGCCCUCCGUCAGCCACCAGUUCAGCCAAGCAAAGCCCAGUGGCUCAGCACAAAGCUAUGGGACAGCAGCCUACCAGCCGCGAUGAUAGCAACGGUCCCGAGACGGAGGAGAGAGAAGAGGGCGUGGCUUGGGGUAACUACAAAUCCCUCCCCAGGAAUGAGACGGGCACCGUCAUCAACUCCGGCCCCAAGCAGGGCUGUUUCCCGGUGGAGCUGGAGAGAGGGCCACGCGGCUUCGGCUUCAGUUUACGGGGAGGGAAGGAGUACAACAUGGGCCUGUUCAUCCUGAGACUGGCCGAGGACGGCCCAGCGCUGAAGGACGGAAGAAUACAUGUGGGAGAUCAGAUCGUAGAGAUCAAUGGCGAGCCAACCCAAGGCAUCACACACACACGGGCUAUCGAGCUCAUCCAAGCCGGAGGCACCAAGGUGCUGCUACUGCUGCGGCCGGGCCAAGGCCUGAUCCCUGACCACAAUGUUAUGGAGAUGGUGACAACUCCACCUGCAAACUAUCCAAAGUACCCUGUUCCUGAUGAGCCAUCAAUGAUAACAUCUCUGUCCUCCCCUUCUCUCUCGCCCUCUGAGGGCACGUCAGCCCAUUCUCCCACACGCGGUCUCCAUCAUCAACCCCGAAAUCCCAGAGAACCCAGGACGAGCAGUUCCAGCGUGUCUAUCCGUGACAACACACCCAGCCCACAGAAAUUGGACACUUCGCGCACAGAGGGGAAAGAGCGUUCACAUAGCCCGAGGAAAAUGGAGAAGAAGCCUUCUGUUUCGGGGAUAAAAAACGUCAAUGCCAGCACUCAGAGUCUGGAUGCAUACACGGAAAGGAAAGCCCAGGGGCAAAGGGACAGAGGUGGACGAUCAGCAAGCCCUCGAAAGAGUCCCAGGAAGGAACAAGAGACAGCCAGACAGCCAUCUAAAGGAUAUGAGGAAGCACAGAGGUAUUCUGAUGGGCACCAGUUUCAUUAUGGAUCUGGAGGGAACCUGUACAGGGGGGAAGAACUUGACAUCCACCAGGACAAGGAGACAGGAGAGAUGAGGCCUGGGAUCGCAAGAUCAGAUAACGAGCGGCGUCACAGGGAGAAAGGGGUUCAGAGAGAGGCAGCACCUCAGAAGCCCCAAUCCCAAAUCCUCAACGACUGGACCAUGCCAGAGCAUCAGCCUGCGACCUUAAACCGGAAAGGCCAUCGAGAACCCAAAGAGGGCAGGUACAGAGGCGGAGAGGAGAGCAAAAGAGAUGCGAGGGGAUCUAGCAGUGGCCCACCAGAGACUUCCUGGAAUGGGAACCCCAGCAGCAAGAAGUCUCCCAUCACCCCUGGUCCGUGGAAGGUCCCCAGCUCUGCUAAGAUGCAGUCUCAGGUGGAGGGGCUCUGAUGCUUGGUGGAGUUCAUCAGAAACGACGGUCACUCGGAAUCACUGUGUAAUCGAUGCAUAUUUUUUACGUGACUUGUACAGCAUUCUGUAUCUUCGCCGACUUUGAGACGGUGCAUUCAUGUUCGUGGUAUUCCAUGUUUUAAGUAUCUGUGUCCUCCUGUCUGAGUUGGUGGGUUCGUCCCAUCCUCAGUGACACCCGUCUGUCUCGUAUCCGUGCCAAGCAGAGACUCCCGCUGGAAAGACUGUGAGGUGCGACCACUGAAUGCUUUGUAUUCCGGAAUUGUGAAGGAGUGUGUUUAUUGCUUUUGCUGUAGUUUUUUUAUUUCCGAUUCAGUAUGUACAGUCUUUGUACCUUUGUUCCAAUUGCAGCGUGUCUUUAACACUUCGUCAAUGCAUGUAGAAUUCAACCGAACCAUGCUAAAUCACGUACACGCUGAACGAAAGCCAGAUUUAACCUUGUUGGCUCUGAUUCAUUGUGAGCUGCGUUGUGAUCAUAUUAUUUAAGCUUAACAUUAGUUAUCAGCUUUGCAGUGUAUUUUAGACCAUUUUAAAAAAAACAAAGGUUCCUCCUUUAACUGACCAGAUACUUGUGCUUAAGUAUAUUGUUUACUACAUGUGAGCUUAUGAAGAACACUAUGUAAUUUAUUGAAAUGGAAAAAGAAAAAAAAGAAAUUGCAAAUAUCUUAAAUAUUUCUGUAAUCAUAUCUAAACAUCGUGCUCCAGAUCCAAAAGAGCUUGACUCGUCCCUCCCUUCAUUAGGGUUGCGAACUCGGUGCACUACAUGCUUUAAGGGUAUGUAUUUUUCACAUCGUUGUAGCUUUCACAAUUAUGCAUUGUGUAUCAUAUAGCAAGGUGUGUACAUUGGGGAUGAAAUCUAAAUAAAUAAACGGUCAUAUCAUUAAAGGUUUGAAUGAAGGUAAAAUGGGGAUGGCUGGGGGAAAUCAUAUUUUUUCAUACAAUCUAACAUAUAUUUUGUCCUAUUUCUUUAAAAAAUAAAAAGGAUAUAAAGAUCA